AUGUACUGGCCUCUCAAGAUGCCUGGGGCUACUUACGUGGCGAGAGCCAAGCGCCGUUUCAAGCUGUCCAUCCCGGAUAUAUACCACAGCCGGCUGCUGGCCUCUCUCGAUCCCCUGGCCUUGGACAAGGAGGCUCCGCAGAAGCCUGUGAAAAAUGCCUCUGAAAAAAUGUCAGAGGAAAGGUUCUGGGGCGACCAUCAGCCCCUCUCCAAGAUCCCAUUUAAAAUUCUGAGCGGGCAUGACCAUGUUGUGAGUUCCUGCCACUUCUGCGUGAACGACACCAAGCUCCUCAGUGGCUCCUAUGAUCGCACUGUGAAACUGUGGGAUGCCAUGGACGGAUCUGUGAUUCGGGAUUUUGAGGAAGGGCCCUCAGCUCCUGUUACAGAGUGCAGCAUCACAGCUGACAGCAGAAGAAUUAUUGCAGCAUCCUAUGACAAAACAGUGAGGACUUGGGACCUUGAAACAGGCCAGCUGCUGUGGCAGACCAACCAUGAUUACUUCAUAGUGUCCUGUAAGUUAUCUCCUAACGGCAAAUAUGUGGCCUUAAGCUUGGAUGUGGAUCGUGGAAUCUGCAUAAUGGAUGCGGAAAACACCACCAUUUUGGCAAACAUUAAAGAUCAUCACAGAAGAUCAAUCAUGGCAUGCUGCUUUGACCCUGACAGCCAGAAGUUGGCUUCUGUCUCGUUGGAUAGGUCCAUCAAGAUCUGGGAUGUCACAUCCAAAGCCACACUGCUUACCAUCACAAAGGCACAUGAAAAUGCAAUCUCCAACUGCUGUUUUACCUUCAGUGGCCACUUCCUGUGUUCCAGCUCCUGGGAUAAAACAUUAAAAAUAUGGAAUGUCCAUACAGGGGAGUUUCGAAACCGUGGAGCCUGUGUGACUCUAAUGCAGGGCCACGAAGGUUGUGUGAGCUCCUGCUGCUUUGCCAGAGACAACUCUUUUCUCAUUUCUGGAGGCUUCGACAAGUCUGUGGCUAUUUGGGAUGUAGGAGAAGGCUACCGGAAGCUAUCCUUGAAGGGCCAUGAGGACUGGGUAAUGGAUGUUGCUAUCAGCAACAACAAGAAAUGGAUCCUAUCUGCUUCAAAGGAUAGGACCAUGAGACUAUGGAAUAUUGAAAAGAUCGACCAAGUUCCUUUGGUAAUUGAGAACCAAAAGGCUAUGGGGACACUAGUGAAACAGUGCGAAGGAUGUGACAGGCCAUUCUCCACCUUGGAAAGUGACAGCUCGUUUGAAAUAGUCACCAAAUGUAUCUUCUGCCGGAGAGAUGUGAUGGACUUGCCAGCAGUGGCUUCAUCAUCAUCAGAAACAGAGAACAAGGAGGACUGA